CGUAUGUAACUGGACAUAGUGGCUCCAUUUGAGAAAGAUCGUUUAUCUCUCUCCUCCUUCUCCCGUCCACAACUCUGCUGGGCUGGGAAAUCUAUCCAAGCGUCUCCAAGAGUUGCUCUCCACCGGGAUGUUUUUUUAAGUACGCGUCGAUGGGACUUUAAUGAAUUUGUGUGAAUCCCCUGAACGGCUACUUGAAGUAUUUUCUCGUGCGCCAUUCCGAUGAAUGCUGCGCCAAGAGCAGCUCUGCGUAAAGCCAAAACAGCUUGUGUGGAGACCAGUCGAUACUCGACGGCGGUUUGUGAGCGCGAAAGAAAAACUCUAAACGUGAGCGAGUCCCGGAGCGUUAUUUGGACAGAAAAGCUGCUUUUGUGCGACGCAAAAGUUUUAAAGAAAAGUUGAGAAAACGUUGUGCUCUCCACGUGAAUGCGCGCUUUCUGCGCAUACAUCGCUUUUUAUUGAUCCAUCUGGUAAAAUUAGAAUUAAUUAGAAAGAGAAGAAUCAGUCAAAGGCGGAUGAAAUUCUUUCUGCAACUACUAAAUAACUUGUUGAAUGAGCAGCUCGUCCCAGGAGCGCAUUUAAAUGAUGCUGUCUGCUGCAAAAACCACAACUGACAGGAGAUCAAGCUAAGACAUCUGACAGCCACUGACUUAUGAGGAGUGUCACUCCUCUCUGCACAUCACAUCUGACCGUUACUUGACCCUUUCAUCAACGCCCAACACUUGUGAAGAAGCUCCCUUGUUGACACACCUCAUCAGCCAGGCAGAGGUGGCAGCGAUCGAAGAUAAAAUAACUGAAUGGGGGCUAAUUGAUGCCUGAAGCUGCCCACUCAAAAGUAGCAACAUGAUCCCAAAUGCACCAUUGCAACGUUCAAAGCUGCAGCUGAUUUAGAAAAUUUCCCUGACGAAUUGUCGUUUCUGUGAGGAAGCGGUAGCUAUAAAAGCAAAAAAAAAUUCCAUAGAAAAAUUCGCAAAAAAAGAUCAGCUAUGCUUUGGCCUGCAUUGUUCACUCUGCAAGCUGUUUGCACCAGCGUGGCACAUGCCAUGCAACAUUACCCGGCAGCCUGGGGGCACUAUGACGUGUGCAAGUCCCAGAUCUAUACAGAGGAGGGCCUGGCGUGGGACUACAUGGCCUGUCAGCCAGAAGCCACCGACAUGACAAAGUACCUGCGAGUGGCCCUCGACCCCCCAAAUAUCACGUGUGGAGAUCCGCCAGAAACGUACUGCGCUUUGGAGAAUCCUUACAUGUGCAACAAUGAAUGUGACGCCACCACCGAGGAGCUGGCUCAUCCCCCAGAGCUAAUGUUUGACUUUGAGGGUCGCAACCCCACAACGUUCUGGCAGUCCACCUCAUGGAAGAAAUACCCGAAGCCCCUCCAGGUUAACAUCACGCUGUCUUGGAACAAAACCGUCGAGCUGACCGACGACAUCGUGCUGACCUUUGAGUCGGGCCGACCGGAGCAGAUGGUCCUGGAAAAGUCCCUCGACUACGGCCGGACCUGGACCCCGUACCAGUUCUAUGCCACCGACUGCCUGGACGCCUUCACCAUGGAACCCAAGACAGUCCAGGACCUGACCCAGCGCACCCUGCUGGAUAUCAUCUGCACCGAGGACUACUCCCGAGGCUACGUUUGGAAGAACGACAAGACGGUACGUUUUGAGAUAAAGGACCGAUUUGCACUGUUUGCCGGGCCGCGGCUACACAACAUGGCCUCGCUGUAUGGCCAGCUGGAUACUACGAAGAACCUGAGGGACUUCUUCACCAUCACCGAUCUGAGGAUUAAGCUGCUGAAGCCAGCCACUGGAGCCACCAUGGUGGAUGAGAAUAACCUGUCCAGAUAUUUCUACGCCAUCUCUGACAUUAAGGUGCAGGGCAGGUGCAAGUGUAACCUGCAUGCCAACAGCUGUGUGUUUGACAAGGGGAAGCUGGGCUGUGAGUGUGAACACAACACCACAGGGCCAGACUGCAGCCGCUGUAAGAGGCACUACCACGGAAGAGCCUGGAGUGUGGGCUCCUACCUCCCUAUACCCAAAGGAACAGCAAAUAUAUGUAUCCCCAGUAAUCACGGACCAGUGCAUCGAGCAAAUGCUUCAUCUCUUGGUGUUGCAAAUCGUAACCAAGCUCGUGUGUGUGACAACGCGAUGCUGCGCUGUCAGAACGGUGGCACUUGCCACCACCAUCAGCGGUGCCAUUGUUCCCCCGGCUUCACGGGCGUCCUGUGCGAGAGAGCUCGCUGCCAGGGCCCCGGGGAGUGUGAUGACCAAUUGUCUGGACGGGCCUCCUUCCAUCAUCCCCCCAUCAGCCGCCAGCUCGCUCUUACCCUUGUAGUGCUCCCGCUGUUGAUCCCUUCCCUUUGCUGAGAGAGCUGAACGGCCUCCCAUCCUCUACCAAAACCCUAAGACCACGUAUGUUGAGACCGCACUCUCAACGUUAAGGACAUAAAGGACGUGUGAACAAUGUGCUCAGCAUACAAUAUAAGCAACUCUUUUAUAUAUCCAAGGCCGCAGUGGUGGGUGACUAGCGCAACAGGUUGUGCACUGAUCGGUUAUACUGAAUGCUAGAUGGAUUUGUUAAAAGGCUUGGUGAAGUCACUGCUGUCUUAGAAUGUCACAGAGGAAGCGGAUGGAGCCCUGGCGUUGUGAUUAUGUCAUUGGCUCAUUAAAAGGCAGACUGGAGACUCAGAUAGAGCUACCCACACUCUGAGAGCAAACUGUACAAAACUAGACACAUGAUUUCUAAGUAUCAUCCGAAGUUAUUAAAAAAUAAUAAUGUGGACGGGGGACAUCUUAAAACAUCUUGCCUCACUGCCUCCUUCCCUCUUCUUCCCUCACUCUUGCCCUUUUUCCUUCACCUUCUCCUCCCUGUGCUUUGGUGACUCUGGUGAUUUUACUUUGCUGAAGGGUGUCCGUUGUUUUGCCAAAUGCUGCACAUGUAAUAUUAUCAAGCCCCUUGACAAGUACCAAUCUAGUACGAUUUCUUUUAUUCUUUUUCAGAGGCUUUGUAGUCAUGCUUGAGCUCACCUGUACGGGACAAAAAAAAGUUGUAUCAUACUGUAACUGUAUUUAAUUUUUGUAUAAAACAGAUAUUUUCAUGACUACGCAAAACAAAAAGAUGUAUUACUUGUUUUCUAUUGCUGCCGAGCCGUCCUAAAUGUGGACUAUGAGUGCGCAAAGAGUUUGGUUGUAUUAUUUCUUUGCUUGUGUGGCACAUGGUUCUCUUCAUUUGAGAGCUGCUGUCAAAACUAUGUUUACAUACACACUUACACAAUACACUUCCACCAAAGGGAAAAAGAAAACAUGUCUUUGUCUUGUUGUUGAACAGUAGUAAUUUUAUUAAGUAGUGACAUUUGGGACAAGAUGUACAGAGUGAAACAGUGUAUUGUUUGUAGACAGGUACAAGCCACUGACAAUAGCUGAAUGUGAUUUUAAAGGAUAACCGAAAGCUGUCAAUGCCAAUUGUUGACCUAUUCACUGAAGAUACAGUUACUGGUAGCAAUAUGUCAGUCAACAAAUGAAAUCCCACUUCUAUGACUACAAAUGCUUUUUUCUCCUGUGUUGUAACCAUCCUUGUUGUGCUUGUGAAACAUGGAAGACUCAGAAGAAUCUCAGCCAAAAUCCCAUCUGCUUUAUGUAAAUUUAACAAGACGAAAAAAGGAGAUUGCAAGGCUGUCGCAGAGGUUGUCCAGCUCAAAUCUGUAAUCAAAUCUAAUCCUUGAAUCAAAUGGAAAGAGGGGAAGGUUUCCUGAGCUGGUACGGUUGAAAGCCUGCAUCCUGCUGCGGGAGCCUUUGAGAAGCGGCACGUUCAGGAAAUGAGCUUUAAUUCAUGGAGGGUCAAUGAAUAGAAAUGAAGUCGCAUCCCACUGGGUGACAUACUGAGCACUGAGACCAAUUUCAUUUGAGAGAUUAAUUUUCUUACCGAGGUUGUCAUGAAACACCUAAUUGUGUUAGAGUCUACUGUAAGUGCCUCUCAUUAAAUGACACUGUCGAUGAAAAGAGUA